AUGGGUCUGAAGGGGGCAUGGUGUUUCCCAUGGUGUGGGUGCCGGAGACAGCGAAGGACUGAUGGAGGAGCAGGCCUGGAUCCAGCUGCCCCUCCAGAUCCAGACAGCAGCCCGGCUGUAGCCCCCAUUGCCGCCGAGGGAGGGAUACCAUCCCUAGGGUCUGGUGCUUACUUCAGCAGGAAGGCCCGGCUCUCCUUCCGCCACCAGCUGCAUGAUGUAGCAUCAGCCAACGACUCCACCAUCUGA